AUGAAAGAUAUGCGCGAAUUCAUGACUACCAUUUCUACUAAACCUUUGAAUAAUGUGGGAUUCUUGGUUUCGAAUGCAAGAUUAAGCGAAUAUGCAAAGUUGGAGUUAGAAAAUUCGGAAUUAAAAGAACGUAUUUGCGUGUGUUUCUUUCAUGAAAUUAUCGAUAAUAUCAAGAAGUACGCCAUGAUCAUGUGUGAGCAGCAGCAACAACUUAAGAAAAAGAACAAGGAACGGAAACGAAAGAUGAUUGAAUCAGAAACUGAAACUAGAAUUGUUCGUAAGGAAAAUAAAAGGAUUAAGGAGGAUUAUCAAGUUCAUAUUCAACAUCUCGAAAAUCGUAUCAUUAAACUUGAAAAAAAGUUUGAAACACAAAAUCAAGAAAUGAACGAAAAAUUAGAGAUUCAAAAUGAAAAGUUGGACAUGAUUUUGAGUAGACUAAGCAAAUAA